AUGUCACAUAAGUAUAGUAGGAUUGGCGAGGAAGGUGUCGAAUUAAACGAUAUAACGCUGGAAACAGGCGGUUUAUUGAAUAAUGCAGAUGUAGUUAUAACAGACGACGAUUCCAACAUAUCCAUUGACGAUGAAUCAACUCAACCAGAAGAAUACACACAAAAUCCAGCUGAAGGAAGUAGUAGUGCAUUGAAUAGAGAACCUUCAGAACUUGAAAGUCAAAUUACUAUGCCCAGAUUAACGAAAACCCAAAGAGUAAUGAACGUUUUGAAUCAUUUAAUACCUAUCAAACAAACUUAUGAAAGAAUCAGUAAUGGUUUAGUCACAGGUAGAAUGCAAGCCAAUGUUCCAGGUAGAUUUAUAGGUCAAGGUACUGAUGGGGUCUUCAGAAAUUUAAUGGCCAAACCUGAUGUCAAUUCUAAUAACGUUAAGAAUGAAACUAAUCCUCCUACAUAUGAAGAAGCAGCUGCAGAUGCCACACCAGAAUAUUGGGAAUCUUCGGUAAUUGCACCAAUUUAUGAUGAUGAAGUCUUCGUGGAAGGUUUACCUGUUGGUAAUAUUGCCAAUUUUGUUUGGAAUGCAUUGGUUACCGUAGCAUUUCAAUUCGUAGGAUUCUUAUUAUGUUAUUUGUUACAUACUUCUCAUGCUGCCAAACAUGGAUCUCGUGCUGGUUUAGGGAUUACAUUUAUAUUUUUUGGUUGGAAUUUAGUUCCUUCUAAUUUUGGAAGUGCUGAUAAAUUACCUGAAAAAUAUGAACCUAAGAAUCCUGAUAAUUUCGAUAUUGAUAAAUCCACCAAUAUUGGCGAUGGAGGUAUUGAUGAUUUCAGUUCUAAUUUAUAUCAUCCAAAUGCGGAAGAUAAAACUAAUCAAAUCCCAUAUUUCGCUUAUGGGUUAAUAGCAUUUGGGUUAUUCAUGAUCUUAAAAGCUUUAAUGGACUAUUAUAGAGUCAAGAAAAUGGAAAAUGAAAUUUUAAACCCUCCCAAUACUACCCCAGUGACUAACAGUAUAACAGAAGAAUCCAACAACUGGGAACAACCGGAAAAUGAACAAAGUGUAUAG